AUGAGUCCGGCGUCGAGAAUAUCACGUAAUUCAACAAAACAUGCCGGAAGAAUCCGAGAGGAUCCGGUUGGCUUUGUAGUCCAGACAGCAGCAUUUUAUCAGGGCACGGGUUGGAGAAGUUACAGCAACUAUGUUGGUACCCGUAUUCUCUAUGAAGGUUUCUCAGCGACCUUCAAAGAGAGGAUUCUUGCUAGCCAAAAAGUGAAUGAAUUAAUCAAAAGCAUGGCUGCUCAACAACUGGAAGCAUUGAUCCACCAGAAACAGGAAGCGUACGAUGCAGAAAUGGCAGCUAAUGCAGGAAAGAAAAACUUCAAACCCAAAAACAGACCCAUGCGACCUGAGGAUAUUGAAGUGCGUCGCAAGGCUCUGGAAGCUGAACUCACUGCGGUAGCCAAAACCAACAUUGAAAAGUUGGUUUGUGAUAUGAAUAGCAUGAAGUUCAUCAGGUUCUUCGCCUUUCUUAUCAAUAAUAUCCUAGUGAGGAUGUAUCACCAAGGAAUUCACAUUAAGGAGUCCGAGUUUCUGGAGUUGCGACGGAUUGCUGAAUACUGUGCAGAAAGAAAAUACUCAAUGAUUAUCUUGCCUUGCCACAAGUCCCAUAUUGACUACUUAGUCGUCUCCUACAUCUUCUUCCGUAUGGGUCUCGCAUUACCCCACAUUGCUGCUGGCAACAACUUGGACAUGCCCAUUGUAGGAAAAGCCCUUAAAGGAGCGGGAGCAUUUUUUAUUCGCCGAUCUUGGGCAGAUGAUCAGCUUUAUACUAGCAUCGUGCACGAAUACGUCCAGGAGCUGCUCGAAGGAGGAUAUAACAUUGAGUGCUUCAUUGAAGGGACACGUAGUAGAACAGGAAAGCUGUUGCCACCAAAACUUGGAGUCCUAAAGAUCAUUAUGGACGCCAUGCUCUCUAAACGCAUUGAAGACUGCUACAUCGUCCCGAUCUCGAUUGGAUACGAUAAGGUUAUUGAGACAGAGACAUAUAUCAACGAGCUUCUUGGGAUUCCAAAAGAGAAAGAGAGUCUGUGGGGCGUUAUCACGAACUCUAGACUUCUUCAACUAAAGAUGGGACGUAUCGAUGUACGCUUUGCAAAACCUUACAGUUUGCGCAACUUUAUGAAUCAGGAAAUUGAGCGGAGAGAGUUUGUUAAUGAUCAGCAGUUGGCAAGCACUCAAGCCAAAUCUCAACUGCUGAAGGCUCUGGGCUAUAAGGUCUUGGCUGAUAUUAACUCUGUCUCUGUUGUAAUGCCAACUGCUUUGGUCGGAACUGUCAUUUUGACACUUCGUGGUCGGGGUGUUGGUCGUAAUGAACUUAUCCGACGUGUGGAUUGGCUAAAACGUGAGAUCUUAUCAAAAGGAGGCCGUGUCGCCAACUUUAGCGGGAUGGAAACAGGCGAGGUUGUUGAUCGUGCAUUGGGUGUAUUGAAGGAUUUGGUGGCGCUGCAAAAGAACUUGCUAGAGCCUGUUUUCUACGCUGUCAAGCGCUUUGAGCUCUCCUUUUACCGCAACCAACUGAUCCAUUUGUUUGUGCACGAAGCAAUCGUGGCUGUUACGAUGUACACGCGCAUCAAGAUGGGUGGUGCAAAAUCAACACAAAAGAUCAGUCAUGAUGAAUUGCUGAAUGAGGUGACAUUCUUGAGCCGCUUGCUCAAGACCGAUUUUAUUUACAACCCGGGUGACAUCCAAAGCAAUUUGGAGAAUACGCUGGAGUAUCUCAAGAUUGACAGUGAAGGAUACGUUGGCCUUUCUGAUGUUGAGCGCAGCAUUGGUAGAGAAAACUAUGACUUUUAUUGCUUUUUACUCUGGCCAUUUGUGGAGACAUACUGGCUGGCUGCUGUGUCCCUGUAUACCCUUAUUCCGACAGCGAAGGAGUUGAUCCCUCCUUUAGAUCCUAAUGGCGAGCCUCAGCUUUACUGGGUCGAGGAACGUGUGUUUAUGGAAAAGACCCAGAUGUUCGGAAAGACGCUCUAUUAUCAGGGGGAUCUCUCAUAUUUUGAGUCAGUCAACAUGGAAACCCUCAAAAACGGAUUUAACCGUCUUAGCGACCAUGGUAUUCUGAUGUUUAAGAAGGCAACCAACAAUAAGGAGCGAACGAAGGUUGCACUCCAUCCAGACUUUAUUCCAACAAGGGAUGCUGAUGGACGUGUCAGUAUUGAAGGUGCUCUAUGGGAUUUAGUGGAACAUAUUGGUACCUUUAGACGUGAAGGCAAAAAUCGUCGUGAUAAUGCCACAGUGUCAUCCCGCGUCCUACGAUUUGCCGAGAUCGUCGCUAAUGCGCCUGCUCCAGUAAAGGUACCCGUGCCAAACCCUGCUCCGAAAAAGAUUGGUGAUGGAGCACCAAAAUUAUAA